AUGGCACAUUACGAGGCAUUGUAUGGUCAUAAGUGUCACGCUUCUUUAUGUUGGACUCAGUUGGGCGAGCGACGUGUUCUGGGUCCUGAGUUGGUCUCUGAGACAGAGGAUAAGGAUAGAUUGAUUCAGAAUCAUUUGAAAGCAGCUUCUGACAGGCAGAAAUCUUAUGCGGAUUUGAAGAGGCAUGAGAUCGAGUAUUCUGUGGGGGACUUCGUUUUUCUUAAGGUUUCACCAUGGAAGAAGGCUUACCGCUCUGAUCCUACUCAUAUUGUCCCUGUGGAAGAGAUUGAGGUUAGGCCAGACUUGACCUUUAAGGAGGAGCCUGUCCAGAUUCUAGAUCGUGACGUAAAGGUUCUAAGGAGGAAGUCUAUUCCUUUGGUGAAGAUUCUAUGGUGUAAUCAUAGCACUGAGGAGGCCACGUGA